AUGCCCCAUCUCUUCCCCCCGCCCCCACUGCGUGUGUCUCCUGUGCCCCAUUGCAGCACAUCUCUGGGAUGCCCCAUCUCUUUCCCCCCACUGUGUGGCUCCGGGUGCAAUGUGUGUGGGUUGUGUCUCUCUCAGGCACUAUCACAGCAUGGACAUCUUUACCCACUAUGAUCUCCUGACUCCCAAUGGCAGCAAGGUGGCCGAGGGCCACAAGGCCAGCUUCUGCCUGGAGGACACGGAGUGCCAGGAAGACGUGGCCAAGCGGUACGAGUGCGCCAACUUCGGCGAGCAGGGGAUCACCGUGGGCUGCUGGGACCUCUACAGACACGACAUCGACUGCCAGUGGAUCGACAUCACGGACAUCCCGCCAGGCAACUACAUCCUGCAGGUCGUGAUUAACCCCAACUAUGAGGUGGCCGAGAGCGAUUUCACCAACAACGCCAUGAAGUGCAACUGCGUGCACAGCUGCCACAUUGGUGACGCAUUCAGCGAAGAGGCCAAUAAGCGGUUUGAACAGUACCCAGGACAGCUGAACAACCAGAUCGUAUAGCGACCUGCCCUGCCCUCCCCGCUGCCCUCCCCGUGCCCCACUGGAGACAGCCCCCCGCUGCCUGCCCCAUGCACUGCCAGGUGCUCCGAGGAGGAAGCAGCGUUGUCCCAGGCUGGCAGCAGACCGGCUCUGUGGUGAGAGCCGUGCUCAGCUGCACCCUCUGGCCCAGCCUGGCCGUGGAGUCCUGGGCUGAAGUGGUCCCUCACACAGGGCCUGACGGGAAGUGGGCCCUGACCCCAUGGCUCCUGCACUGGAAGAACAGCAGGCUGCUGCCACUGGGUAGCAAAGGGCUUCCCCACCUCCUGCCCGGGCGGAGGUGCAGCAGGACAGGAUUACAGCCCCGACCUAAUCCAGCAGCUCUCUCCCCCCACCCUCCCUUCAUCCUGCCUCCUCAGCAGACCCAGGAACCUCAUGGAAGUGCUAGCGACUGCUCCAGGCACCUUACAGGGGUCCCCAGCCCCAUGGCACCUGCGCUAGCUCCCCUUUCUCGGUACAGCAGUGCAUGGCGAUGUACUUGAAGAGCUACAGCACGUCAGGCUGCUCUGCACAGCCCCAGCCGUGCAUCCCUGGGACACCCCAGUUUCUUAGUUUGUCAUCUUCUGUUCUCUAUAAAGUUCUGGUCUGUUUCCC